GUUUGACCGCAGACGCCAUUUUGUCUAUAAAAUACUAUGGCAUACAGGCUUACAUCAAAUUGAUUGUAUUAUUUACUAAUUAUUUUUCCGUAUGUAGAUUGCAUUUUAUUCACUCUGCAGAAUUUGGAGUUACGUUAAUGUUUGUGAAUAUUGGCCCUAUGACUGUGAUAACAGCCUACUUUGUGGGCUGUUGGCGAGAUGAAUAGGGUGGUGCAGGAGGGUGGUGGUGCAUCAAAGACUAAAGAUCUGACCAGUAGUGAAGGAUCUAGUUCUGAUAGUGAUUCAUCAUCACAGUCAGAUACAGAGUUCUCAAUAUCAAAGUCAGAUAAUUCACAGUUUAAGUUUAAAAUAUCUGCAAGGAGAAGGAGUUCAGCAUCAUCUUUCAAACUGUCUGACGAGGAAGAUUACACUUUGCCCGAGGGGGCAGUCAGUAGUGAUGGAUCUGCGAGGACAUCAUACUUUAAGUAUGAAAGGAAGAAGAAAGUUGAAGAUGAGGCAUCAGCUUCUGGGAUGUUCAAUCCAAUGGGGUUGCCCAACACCUCGACUGAAGCAAGCAGUACAGCCUAUGUUGACAAGUCCUUAAGUAGUAAGACAGGAGAAUCAAGUAAACCUGAAACUUUUAAACAUACUACGCAUGAUCAUCAGAAAGUCAGACCGGAGGCAGUUUCUGUUGAAAAUUUACCUUCUAAAGUAGCGAAUAAUGCAGAAACUGAUCUAACAAAGAUAAGAGAGAAAACAAAAUGUUUAAUCUUUGACAGAUCUUCUUCACUUGAUAACAAGCAGUCUGAUUCAGUUAGUAAGGAAAAAAGUAUUAUGAAAAUGCACAGUAAAUAUGGUCCCACAACAGUAGAUAAUAGUGCAGACCAUAUAGUGUCAGGCUCACAUGGCAAUAUAUUUGAAAAAAUAUCUGCCCUCUCAACAUCAUCUUCAAAUGGUCCACAGAAGGAAUCAAUGAUGCAAGUUAAAAAACGAGGACCUGGUCGACCACCAAAAUCAGGAAACAUGUCAAAACCCAACGUACCUCUGAUUUCAAAGAGAGGUUUUGGUAGACCAAGAAAAAGCAUAGUUCAAGCAGAUGAACAUUUACCAAGUCAAGCAGUUCAUGAUCAGCUGUUUAAUAUUGACAGUAUUCAAUCAAGUGUUUCACCAGACAGUGGUAUUCAAUCUGUUAGUGGGUCACCUUUUGGUGUUGAAACUAUAGAGAGUAGGGUUAGUUUAACAUCACAUCAAAACAAUAAAGUUUAUCUGAGUAGUGUGCCAUACAGCAGUAGAUUGGGUAUAGAUGUGUCAGCCAUACCAACAACAACAUCAAGCAUAUCACCCGCCUAUUCUAGUUCAUCUUCUGGUUCUAAUAUCAGGACAGAGAGUGAAAAGUCAUUAGAACUCUUCUCUGGUGCUAAUUAUUCAUCCUCAUCUCCUGCUUCAAGUAGUUCUCCAUCUCCUGGUAAAAAGAAAGGGCGGGUUAGACCCCCAAAGCAAGCUGAAUUUUUAAGGUUACACAAAAGCAGUACAUUGCUUAAUCAGGGAAAGGUGCCAACACAGAUUGAAUUACCAAAGUCAUCAGAGGGGGGCGUAAAUUUACCAGUGGAAAUGCCUGAAUUUACACCAGAAAUGUUAAAUUUAAUGGGCAGGUCUCCAAAAGCUAACUUAUUAGGAAAAGACCUUGUAAAGCCACAAGUGUUUAAAAAUUUCAUUGCUAAACAGAUAUCCAGUAAAGCAAAGGCUUUUUUUGGAAGUGUGAAAAAGAGAGGACCAGGUAGACCCAAAGGUUCUAAAAAUGUUAAGAACAAAUCUAUAAUGUUCAACAAGUUAGAUGGCAUUAAGAAAAAGCGAGGUCCUGGUCGACCACCUAAAGGUUCAUGUUUUAAAUUGAAAAGAGGUCCGGGACGUCCAAAGGGAUCACCAAACAAAAAGACUUUGAUUAAACUGCAUGAUCUUAAAAAGUAUAAAAAGUCUUUUUUCCCAAUGGACGUAUACGAUUUUAAUUCUGCACCAGAAUUUGGUACUAUACCAGAUUUGCCUGAUGAUGAAGAAUAUACUUACCACUGUGCUGGAGAUAUUCAGUCACGAAUAAAACAUAUGAAAUCAAAAACCAGUUUCAUUAAAAAGGCCAAGUCCAAAUAUGGAAGUUUUUUCCUGAAGGAAAAAAUAAAGAAAAAAGGUAAACCUGGUAGACCUCCAGGCAGGCCAAGAAAGAUUCAACCAGUUAUUGAAGAAAAGACAAAAGAGUCUCACAGUUUGAACAAUUAUGAAAAAUUGUGUGAAGAAACUGAUUUGGAUUAUAUUAUGCAAAGUGUCAACGAUGUAACUUCAAACUUUCCAGACCCAAGUUUAGUAGAUCAUAAUGAAUUCAAUUUGGAAGAUGAUUUAGAUACAAUAGUUCCCACUAUUUCUUCUGAACCUCCUUUACAUGAGGAAAGGGCUUUGCCUAAGAUCAGAAAACCAAAACUUCAUGUUAUGAUGAGAAAAGAUAAACAUAAAAAAAGGAAGAAGAAAAAAAAUUAUAGCACUCUACCACAAAAAAGUGGCAUUUUUCAAUGCAAUAGGGUAUAUUUUCCCUCAAAGUUUAAACUGGCAAGUCCUAAAUCUUCCUUAGGUCUUGUAGAUAAAUCUAGUAAUCUUCGAACAUCUAGAAGUUCACUAGAAUCAAAUGGCAGCACCAGUAGUGUUCAGAGUUCAACAUUUGUUCCUCGGAAAAAUAUACUACGAAAAAUGCAACUUAAAAGACGUAACAAGUUAUUGCAUUUCAAAUCAAAGCACAAAAAUAUUGUUGAUCCUGUGUUCAUUUCUGACUUGGAAUAUGUUGUUGAUAAUUUUCAUUUGCUUGCCAUAUCAAACCCGGAGAAAAACUUUAUUCGUGUCAAACCAGGUGAAGUUCCCCUUCCCAGUAUUUUCAAAAUACCGAUCAUUAGUGUAAGUAAGAAGAAAGAAUUAAAAUCAAACAUGAUGUUUGAAAUUGAGAAAAUAAAAAAAUCGAAAACCAUUCAUAGAGACUUUAGUUAUAUUGAAAAGUGGAUAAGAAAUGAAAAGUUAAAAGGAAUACGCAAGAAAAGCUUCUCAGGGGAACAAUCUCCAACUAGCUCAGAUGAUUCUGUAAUAUGUAAACAGCAGUGUUUGCCACCAAAGAAACGUCACAAACUGUUUAACACUGAUGACCCAUGUUAUAGUGAUGCCAGCUAUGAGCAAGACGAUGGCUUUAGAUCUCAAGAAAGGAAAAAGCCUGGAAGACCAAGGAAAAAUCCAGUUCCUUUAGUCUCGUUUAGACAAGAGAAGAAUAAAGGAAAGCAAAUAGCAAUUGUGACUCCUCAUGUUUCAACUGACUUUGAAAAGAGCAAAAAGUUGACUAAGGUAUUGGAAGAGGUGAAAGCUACAAUAGUAGAACAGUCAGUCCUUGAGAACAAAGCAGCGCUAGAAGUAAGUACUAUUUUAUCCUUGCCGAAAGAACAAGAAGAGGAGAACAUUAUUGUUGCAACAACUCAAACAAAAUGUUCAGAAUGUGGACAACCAGGGCCAGUACAACCAAAAAGAAGGGGUAGAAAACCAAAACAAUUGUCAGCAGAAUCUAGUCUCAAUACUUCUUCGGUUAUUGCUACAAAAAUCAAACGUAAACUCUUUAAAAAGCGUGGGGUAAGGAAAAGAAAAGUUGGAAGACCAAGAACUAAACAUCUGACACAAGUGCUUAAUAUCAAACCUAUUUUGUCAGAUGAUAUUGUCGAUGAUGUUGAGUUACCCUGUGUUAAUUCUGAAAUUGUGGAGAAUGAAUCUGAGUGCAAUAAGACAACAUAUAAUGAAACGAUUGAAUCUGUGAUAAGAACUGUGUGUUCCGAGUCUGAACCCCUGCCACCAUUGACAGAACACAUUAAUGAAAUUCAAGGACUGGAUAGUGGAGAUGAGGAACCAGUCAAAAAAAGACGAAGAAGUGCUAAAACCAGUGUAACAAGUGCUGAUGUAUUGAAAGAGGACAGUCAAAUCAAAAAGACAGAUGGGAUCCCAAAGAAGAAAAAUUACCAGAAAGCUGGACUGUAUUCCAAUGCCUAUAAAGAGGAGGAGGAACCAAAGAAGAAGACAGGAAGUUCACAGAGAAACAGAGAAAAGGUUGGGUGUCUACUGUCACCUCCGCUCCAUGUGGGCAAAUAUCGUCGUGAGGCGAUGACAGAUUUCUUACUACCAUACGAUAUUUGGUGGCUACAUGUUAAAGACCUGAUACCAAAAAAAGAAGAUGUAUAUGGUAAAUACAAGAAAAUAAGGAAUAAUGUUCAUGUAGAUAUCAAACCUGUGUGUCCGUAUGAACCACACCCUUGUAAUUGUAAAAGACCACAAACAGACAAAGAAUUAGGCUGUGGAGAUGAUUGUUUGAAUAGGUUAGUUUUCACUGAAUGUUCCCCAUCAGCAUGUCCAUGUGACGACCAUUGUGCUAACCAGAGGAUACAGAAACAUGACUGGGCUGGAGGUCUGGAUGUGUUCAUUACUGCUGGUAGAGGCUGUGGAGUCAGGGUAUCAGGGAAAUUAACUGCUGGUCAGUUUAUUCUUGAAUACCUUGGCGAGGUUGUGAGUGAGCUGGAGUUUAAGAGAAGAAUGACAGAAAACUAUUCUCAGGAACGACAUCAUUAUUGUCUAAAUCUAGACAGUGGUGCCAUGAUAGACGGGUAUAGAAUGGGCAACAUUGGAAGAUUUGUCAACCACUCUUGCAAACCUAACUGUGAAAUACAGAAAUGGAAUGUAAAUGGUGUAUACAGAAUGGCUUUGUUUGCUUUGAGAGACAUUGAGGCUGGUGAAGAGUUGUGUUACGAUUAUAAUUUCCACUCAUAUAACAUGGAUUCUCAGCAAGAUUGUAUGUGUGGCAGUGAGAAUUGUCGAGGAGUAAUCGGUGGAAGAAGUCAGAGAAGCAAUGGCCAUGUUAAAGAGAAGGUCACACCACUGCGACCUGUAGGCAGACCUCCAAAGGAUAAAAGGAAAUCCAACAACAAACUGAAAAAGUUCAGGGAAAAGCAGAAACAAGCCCAGGAAACUAUUGCUGCAACAUUUCCUGUUAUAAAACCAAUAUCUAACAAAGAGAGGACAAUGGCCAGGAAAUAUUCUAUCUUCCUUGUAAGAAACUUAGACAAGGUCAGACAACUGAGAACAAGAGGCCCACUGACAGAAUGUGAUAAGGAAGAAAGUGAAGAACUAGUUAAAUCUACUGCCUGUAAAAAGAGAGAUGUGUUUAUUACCCAGCUUACUGCAUUGAAAACCUCUAGAUCUGUUAAGACAAGACGUCUAGCUUUAGCUGAAGAGAAUUCAGAAUUGAACCAAACUGCCAGACUAGCACAGAUAUUACAUCAAAUACUAAAAAAUCUAGUCGCGUCCAAAGGUGAAGAUGGAAAGGAGCUGGCUUCAUUCCUGACUUUACCCUCAAAGAAAAAGCAUCCAGAAUAUUACACCGUUAUAGAGAAACCUAUCGACUUUCAUGUUAUAGAGAAACACAUAUCACAAGGAAAAUACACAGACUUAAAGGAGUUUGAUACUGAUAUAAAUCUGUUGUUUAAAAAUGCAGAGAGAUAUUGUGGAAAAACAUCUUGGGUUGGAAAUCUGAUUAUAAAGUUAAGACAAGUGUAUAUUGGUUCAAAGACAGAAGUAUUACCUCUUCUUGAAGAUGUCCUAGGAGAAACAGUUCAAUCACUAGUGUCAGAAGCAGACUCUUAUGACAUCCAGGAUGAAAAAGAUGAAGAGGAUGAGGAAGAGGUGAUUCGCUGUGUCUGUGGUAUAUUUAGAGAUGAAGGUCUGAUGAUACAGUGUGAAAAAUGUUUUAUAUGGCAGCAUUGUGAUUGUAUGAAGGUGAAAGGAGAUGUAGAAAAUUAUUUAUGUGAGCUCUGUAAUCCACGACCUGUCAGUAAGGAAAUUAUAGCUGAUCCCCAGCCAGAGGAUGGUACCCCAGGAUGGACAUAUUACAUGACAUUAAUGAGAGAUGAGUUACAAGUACGAGUAGGAGAUUGUGUGUAUGUACUCAGGGAUGUACCUAUGUCUAAAGACAUUAGUGUAGAUAGUAUGAAAACAUCAUAUAAACUGGUGCAAGAGAUCGGUCAUGAUAAACUGGAAAUCUUCAGAAUAGAGAGAUUGUGGAAAGAUGGAAACCAAAAUAAAUUUGCCUUUGGACACAACUUUUAUCAUCCACAUGAAACAUUCCAUGAACCGUCCAGGAAGUUCUUCCCUAAUGAAGUGUUUAGAAUGCCUCUUUAUGAAAUGAUCCCAUUGGAAACUAUUAUUGGCAGCUGCUGUGUGAUGGAUCUGAACACUUACUGUAAAGGUCGUCCCAAGGUUAUGAGGGACCAAGAUAUAUUUGUUUGUGAAUACAGACUGGAUAAAACUGCUCAUCUAUUUUACAAGAUCUCAAAACACCCGUAUGCCAUCAACACUAAGUCAUAUUGUUUUGAUAAAUUUCCUCAAAGACUAAACCCUAAGAGAACAUAUUCACCUCAUGAAGUACCUGAAGCAUACAAAUCUAAAAUAAGACCAGAAAAACAAAUACUUGAUUCGAGUUCAGCAUUAAGAAAGAAGAAAAGAUUAAGUCUGAAAGGGAAAACUAAAGACCCAAAGGUUCUGCAGCAGGAAGAAGAACAAUAUCAAAAGAUGGAAGCUAAGAAGGUAAAAGAAAAGAAGAACAGAUUAGACAGAAUAAUGUUGAAGAUGUUAUCAACUGUCCACACUAAACAGAGAAUAGAUCUGUCAUAUUUAUUAGACUGUAAACGACAGAGUAAAAAACCACACACACUGGAUGUAUGACAUAACGCCAAAAGUCUCAGCAAAUAAUAAUGGGACUUGGAAUUCAUGAGAUAGAUUGUCCAGUGUUAGAUCUGUAGAAGUAUGGAAAGGGGAGAUAAAUCUCUAUAAUGAUAUAAGGCUUUAACUGAGGAUCAGCUGUGUGGACAGGGGGCUUGGACAGAAAGACAAAAGAAAUGGCAGGAGUAGUGCUGUGAUAUGAUUACAGUCCCGUGUUUACUCAUUAGUCUGUGUGUAUAUCAACAGCUAUUAUAAACAGUAUUAUACACAUUAGUAUGAGUGUAUGUCAACAUCUGUUAUACACAUUAGUAUGUGUGUAUAUCAACAGGUCAACAUCUGUUAUACACAUUAGUAUGUUUAUAUGUCAACAGCUGGUAUACACUGUUAUACACUGCCACAUUAUUUAUUACUUUAAAGGUUGUAUCAACCAAAAACAACUGAUUGAAAAAAAAAUCUUUGUUGAGUUCAAAAUUCACAGUAAAUUUUCAAUAACUAAAUUAUUGGCUAAGAAAAAAAUAUAAUGUGCUGGAUACACAUUUGAAUUGUUUAUAGAAAAAAGAACUGUUAUUCUUUUUUUUACUAAAACACUUAAUUUUUACAGAAAAGCAUUUAGUUUUAAAAUAUUUUGUUUUGUUAACCAUAAAUUCUACAAAAAAAUGUUUUAAUUUGAGAAAACAUUAACAUACUUAGAUAAGUAAUAAAUAUUUGCACACAAAGACGUAUUAUUUGAUAUGAUACUAGUAUGAGUAUUCACAAAGAUCAAACCAUCUGAAUGAUGUUAAACUUCUAUUAUUUAUUGUAGUUAAUACAGUCAAAACUGAAUAGUCUUAUAAUGGUUCUCCAUUCUAAACACUGCCCUGUAACCUUACGUGUGGUUGUUAUACAUGUGUUAGAUCUAAAUAUAUCAAUGUUGUUAGUCUAUUACAACUGUUACCCAAUUCAAAUUUACUUAAAACAAAUCAGUGUUGUGAAAAAAUACUUCAAGACCCAAUUAGUGAAACAGAACAUUAAGGCUCAUUUGUUGAAACUGUGGAUUAAAAUUGAACAAGCAUAAAUUAAACCUACAGUUGUUGUGUUAUGUUUUGUUAAUUUAUUUGUCUGAUGGACUGCUGGGCCUACAUUUUAAAUAUUUGUGAAGUUUUUGCCAUAAGAAUGAAUUGGGUAGAAUUAUAUAAUAUUGGUAUGGUAUUUGGAUUUUGAUAAUUACCUAGACAUAAUGUAUAUAUCCUAGCUGUUGUCUGUUAUAAAACAUUGUUAUGUUAGAGGAUAGAGUACUAUAUUUAGUGAUUUUUUUUCACUGUUGUUUUUUUCUGACUAUGCAAAUCUCUUAAAUGUUGUAGAAUCAUCAUUAUUUCACUGCCUUAGAUUAUGUACAUAAAAUUCUAUAUCUAGCAUAGCUAGAAAUUGUAAAUAAUGUAAUAUUGUACAGCUAAUAUCCAUUUUGUAGUUAAAAACUAAACCAUGGCAUUCAUGAUACUCUACAUAAAAUGUUUAUAGACAAGGUGUUCAGAAGCCCAAUAUUUAGGCAGCAAGUCGUCGUAAGUGGGCAUGUACAUUUUCAUUUCGGGAGUAUCAAAUACUCAAUUUCAAUGGGGACUUGUGUAUAGUUAUUCCCCACAAUAUAUUUGUAAAUUUUGAAUCAUGCGUUAAUAUAAACCCAUGUUUUUUUCUCAUUCUUACAAGGAACAAAUUUGUUUUGUGUAGAUUAAUUGAAGAUUUUUUGCCAUUUUUUCCCAUGUAGGUUGUUACAUAUAUAUAUUUAUUAUCUGGGGUGCUUUUACAUUUUUAUUUACAUGUUGUUAUCAGUCAUUUGUUGAAUCAGAUAUUGCAAUACCAAAUUACUGUAUUUUGAACAAAUUGUAAACCAUUUUUAUCAUUGCUUUAAUCUCAUCUUUUAUAUUGUGAUCUUUUAUUCCAAUUUAUUCCAUUUUUAUCGUGCUGAUUUUAUUUUUAUUUAUUGCUUGUUGGCUUUUAAAACCAAAUUUGUACUUAAGAUAAAUGGCUAUAUUAUAAAUGAAAUCAUUGCUUGCAACAUAUUUUGUCAGGGCAGAAUUAGGCUUUAAUUUUAUAGACGAUGGAAUAGAAAGGAAGAUCAAUUAUACAGAUCAAAAGACAAAUAAGGGCUCCUGUUUAUAACAAGUUUAUUAUAUUCAAAGUUAAAAUGGUUAUAAAAUGAAUUUUCAGUCAAUUGCAUUCUCACUCAAUUGACUGUUAUACUUUUCUGAAAGAGAUUUUUGUUCAUGUUCCACAAAUUGUGAACUUUUCGAUACAAUUUUGGAUAUGUGUUAUCAUAUUGAUAAAAACAUGAAACAAAAUAUACAGGAAUUUGCACACUGACAUUUUUGAAAUCAAUGUGUAUUUUCAAUUUGAAAUUUUUGCAAUUUAUAUUGAUAAAAAUAUUUAACAAAAUAUGUAGCAAUUUUGCACUUUUUUUGGUCAAAACCAGUGUGUAUUUUCAAUUUGGAAUCUUUACAACAAUUUUUAAACUUUUUAAGUAUAAUGUUAGUGGAUUGAUUGUUUAUUGUUUAUGUCAUAGAGUAGUAAGGAAGGGGGAUAACUCACUUUGUCUCUUUGUUUAUAUCUGGACAGAUAACCUUUGACAUAACUUGUUGCUUGUCAUAUCCAUGGUGAUUUGACUACCCAUUAUGGGGACAGACACAAAAUAAAAUUAUAAAACCAA